GGUGACUUUGUGGGUCAUUCUUUAGGGAGUAUGCAACUAGGACCAAUACUCAAUAAAAGCGGCAUCGACCAUGUCAGCCACGGCCUUGCCUCCCCAGGAAAAGCAUAUAGCAUGGCAAACUUGGGGAAAGACUUGCAAUCAUACACACAAGCAGAAUCAAAAGGAAUCAUGUUCAAAAAUGGCAACUUUUCGCAGCACAACAUUACAGAGAUGACAUAUGAAGAGACUGCAAGCUACCAACCCAACAUUGUUAUUGUUAUACUAGCACUGCUCUUGGCUGGACUUAUUUUUGUUGCAGCACUUCUCUCCUUCAUAAUCUUCAGGGAAACACUGACUUCUCUCAAAACCUAUUGUUUUCGACUUAUGGUUUCUACAGACCAAACACGUACAGACACUCUACAGAGACUCUCUGCUACAGCAUGUACAGAGAACGCCGGAACAGCCUCUGCGACAGAGAACGACGGAACAGCUUACUCGACGAUUCUGAUAGAAGAAAUGAACCACAGAGAUUCAAAACAUGUUACAGCAACAGAUGGCGCUCUUGGUUCAUCCGACAACCAUCAUCAAGCUAAUGAUUACAGCCGCUUGAAGCGUAACUAUGGCAACAGGAUAAACAGUGAUGAAAGAGGAAGUAGCCAUCUGUAUGACUCAGUGGAAUUUAACACCGAGAAUAGAAAUAAGGUGUAUUCAGUAACAGCUGAUACUUACUCGGUUCAAUACGCAUUUCCCCCUGAUAUGUAUAUUAUUCAUUUCCCGGAGGUGUUCUGACUAUAGUUCUUGUAGAAUUAUUUCAACCUUUAGUGAUGAGUUUAAUUUAUGUGAUGGUGUUAAUAAUUUGCAGUAGCUGCCUUGUAAUUCCAAAAGAAGUUUCAUAUCCUUGAUCUAGGUAAACAAUACGUUUGUUUUUUUUAAGCCAAGAAAACUUUUUUGUGAUAAUUUAUUAACGAGUAGUGUUGCAGAUCAAGUAAAAAAAUUAUUUGUUUCUGUAAUGCCAUCUUAUAUUCCUUUGUGAUAUUGAGGGAAUUUGUUUCAUCAACUUUAAAUCGUACUAUAAUUUCUUUAAUGUUCUUUGGUAGUAAAAUUUACUAUAAUAAAAAAAAACGGAAUAAUCGUGCAAAGUGAAACAGUUGCUCUAGCAUGUGACACGCUGUACAUUUUACAAUAAAUAUACGAUUGUGUUCUCGAGAGCUCUCUAUAUUGAAACUCCUAAACCGGAAGCUGGUGAUAUAAGUUUUUUCCUUCAACAGGAAAGGUGGACUCGUUCGAUAUGAUUCACACACAAAAAUAACACACAUACACACACCGAUUAAGUCAUGUUUUGUUUUCCUUUUUAUUUAAUUUUAAAUCUGAAAUCGACUUUGGAAGAUGGGUCCAAAGGACUUUGUGAGACAAGGACUUAGUAGCCCUGUUCUUCAAAAGUCAGGAAUCGAUUUUAAGAGUUCCAGUCUUUCACAACAUCUGCUACCAGUACAAAGUUAUCAAAGAAUGGACAAAGCUUCUUUUUUCAACGCAACAUUAAACGAUACCCUGAUAAACAAUGCAACAACAACGACUCCACCUAGUACCAAAAUAUGGGAUAAACCAAAUAGUAAAGGAUUUCUGGCUGUGGCGAUUCCUCUGUUGAUAACUGGAGUGGUUGCAAUUCUUAUCCUUGUACUCGUGUGUUUUCGCUGCAAGAAGAAAAGAGAUGCAUAUUACGGGGAACCAUAUGAUUUUUCCCUCGUGGAUCAAUCUAUUCAAGCAAACCAGUCAUCCAUCUUAGGACAUGGAGUAAUAAUGGCACAAGGAACAGAAUACCGCGAGACGGAUUAUCACGAGAUCGGUGACGUAGAGGAACCAGCAAACCAAAUGGACGACAAUCAAAAUGGCGUUCUGAGAUUCCACGAGGAUGUUCACAAUGAAGCAGAAGAUCAUUAUGUUGACCCGUGUAAUGACAAAGAAUACAGAGAAAAGUUAAAAUCUUAUCCACCGUCUAAUACAUACGUGAAUGAUUAUUUUUCCGUUUGUCAUUUAGGACAGUCGCCGUACUUCGUAUUGGAGCCUGGGCUAGAACCGAGAUAUGUGAAUGAAAGGUGAAUGAUUCACUCUUGGAUAUUGAUAUGUUAAACUUACGUUCCUUAGACCAUACAUAUACUGAAAGUAAAAACAAACGCAUAUUUUACAUUUUUAGCACUAUAUACACAUAGAAAAUAUCCGAACAUAAAUGUUUUUGGUUGUUCAAUUGAAUGUCGGCUACAGAUUCAUGAAUAGAAAAUCAUCCAUCUAUAAAAUAAGCGUGUUCGAAGAGAGAACGAAAGUUUGACAACGAAUUGGGUGUGAAGGUACACGUCAUUCAAUUUGUAAUCAUUGUUGAUUUUUCGAUGGCUAAGUGCAAAAGUUCCGUAGUUUAUUUGUGUUGACAUAACUUGUUACAAUGCCUCAAAUAAAUAAACGUCAGAAAGGUGAAGCAAUAGGGUUACUUUUGCAAGGAAAAAGUCAAAUUUCUGUUGCUUUUUUAACCGUGCACAGUCAACCAUAUCUCGUCAUAGACGGCGGUUGCUGACAACAGAUGCCUAAAUGAUUGUCUUAGAUCUAGAAUUGGCCGUCCGCGGGUAAGCCACCAAGACGGAAAUUCGUCUUCCCCAUCUCAGUAAUCGUUUCCAAAGUUGUAGAAACGUCUGCUGCAAAAACAGUACGAAAUAGACUGAGGGAGGCGGGUCAUGGAGCGCGCAGGCCUACAAAGGUUUGCCGUUGAUGCGCAACCGUAGGGACGUUCAAUUUCACUGGUUACUUAGACAUCAUACAAACCAAUUUCCCUUGCAAUGCUAGAGAAAUAUGUUAUUUUCUGGCGAGUUUAGAUUCGUCCUUUUCCUUGCAGAUGGAAAGAGGCAGGUGUAUAGGUCCAACGGUGAACGUUUUUCCGAUGCAUGCGUCCUGGAGCGCGAUUGUUUCGGGGAAGGUCCAUAAUGGUGUGGGGUGGAAUAGCUUAUGGGCUUAAGACGUCUUUAGUUGUUGUUGAUGUCUGGUAUAAGUUAUCAAGACCUUAUGUUGUACCUUUGUGCGUCAGCAUAAUCUUAUUCUACAACAGGAUAAUGCUCAUCCACAUGUUGCAAGAAUAUGUAGGGAUUUUCUGGCAAUAGACAAUACUGUACCAUCUAUUUGCCUCCAUACAGUCCCGACCUCUCUCCCAUAGAACAUUUGUGGGAUGAAAUUUAUAGACAACGUCAAAAUCUUCAGAAUAAUUAACCCUAAAGAGCUUACACAAGCAGUGACGGAAAAAAUGGAAUAGCAUCCCAACAUUUAACAGAAGCAUUAACUCGAUGGACAGAUGAAUCCGCUCAGAAAUUACUGCGCGUGGCUGACACCAUCGAUAUCAAUGAAGUGUUGAAUUCUUACAUAUGGCCCCUUCUUAAGAAUGAGUCUUUUUUGUGUCCUGUACCAAGAUGCCCAUUAUUAUGUUUGUUGAUUAACAUUGUUCGUAAAUACUAGUAAUCUAAAAUUUGCAAAAUAAUUGUUGAUGAUUAUUCAAAUUUCAAUAAAAUUCUUAACAUCAAUGUCAA